AUGAGCAAAGACCAACGUGUGCGCACGCGCGAUUUCCUGAUGGGCUUGGCCAAAGCGUUUGCAAAAUACGGCGCGCCGAGUCAUAGGAUCGAGUACCUCCUGGAACUGGUAGCGCUUGCUCUCGAGCAGCCAGCUUCGUUCGUCGUCAUCCCGGGUGUGAUAUGGGUAUCGUUUGGCGACGAGGAUCAUGAGUCUUCUACGCAUUUGAUCAAGGUUGGUCAGUCGUGGCAUAUGUACAAGUUGAGCUUGGUCAACCGGCUGUGUAAGAAUGUGAUUGCGGGAGAUUUGGAGGUGCGGGGUGCGGUGGAUCGGUUGAAUGUUAUUGCUGCGGAGCCGGAUUGGGGGGUGGGGUGGAGUUGGGCUGCGUACCCCGUUGUUUCGUUCACGAUCUGUAUGAUUGGGUUCGGCGGCACAUGGGUAGAUGGAGCCAUUUCGGCUGUUCUGGGAUUGGGCGUAGGGGCGACGCUUCUACGAGCCUUCCCGCACUUGAUCCCCUUCCUGGACGCCUUCCUCGCCAGUUUCAUCUCACGCGUGAUCAUGACCGCUUUUCGGAAAUAUCAGCCGACAUACUGCUAUAAUCAUGUUUCGAUCGUUCUGAGCGCGAUCGUGAACCUCCUACCUGGCUUGUCUAUCACCAUCUCGUUGAUUGAGGUUGCGACAAAAAACAUAGUGUCCGGGACAGUACGAAUCUUUUCGGCAUUAUUCCAUGCAUCCAUGCUCGGCUUCGGCAUCACCUCCGGCCGGGCAGUCGUCACCUGGGCCCCCGACAACAUCGACGACACCACGCUCACCCACUGCCCUCCCGCCAUCUCCCCCCUCUGGAACUUCCUCUUCUUUCCCCCCCUCUGCUUCUCCUUCCUCAUCCUCUUCGAAGCGCGCCGCCCGCAAUUCCUCCACAUCUCCCUCGUCUCCACCAUCGGCUACACAGUCUACUCGGUGCUCUCCACCCUCCCGCAGUUCAGCACGUCGGCGGGGCAGGUGGUGCCUAAUGCGAUUUCGGCGUUCACGAUUGGGGUUGCGGCGAAUAUAUAUUCGCGGUUGACGAAGGAUGUGGCGGUGCCCGCGAUCAUUGUGGGGAUUGUGAUGCUGGUGCCGGGGAGUAUGGGCGUGAGAGCGACGUUGGGGUUCUUUGGGAAGAACAGCACGGAUGCGGUGCAGGUGGUGUUUGAGAUGUUGAUGAUUGGGAUGAGUAUUGGGAUUGGGCUGUUUAUGGCGAGUUUGGCCGUGUUUCCUAUCAAGGGGCCGCGGUAUAAGGUGGGUUUCCUCCAGAAUUCUCAGGCACGCUUCCAUCCAAAACUGACUAUUUUUCUCAACAGUAUAUGA